AUGGCUUUGAAGGUAUUGCAAGAGAACGCAUCAAAGUCAAUGAAGUGUACUCUUGAAUGGAAUGGUGAAUAUGGCUUUGAGGUCAAGGAGAGCUGGGGUAAUAAAUUCAUAGUAAAUCUGAACAGUAAUACUUGCACUUGUAGAUCUUGGAUGCUGAAAGGUAUUCCCUGGUAUCAUGCCAUAGCUGCACUUCGUUUCAGAAAAUUGGAACCUAUUGACUAUGUUGCACAUUGGUACACUAAGGACACUUACCUCAAAACAUACAACUCAUUCAUUCAACCUGUUACUAAUACGGAAAUGUGGCCAAAGUCAACCAAUCCUCCUGUCCUCCCACCCGAGAUUAAAAAGCUGCCAUGUAGGCCAAGGAAGUGUAGAAGAAAGGAGCAGACAGAAAACAAGACAGGGAAGCUGUCAAAAAGAGGUGUUGAGAUGACCUGCAGCUUGUGCCAUGCAAAGGGUCACAAUAAGAAGGGUUGUCCUAUGCAUCCAUAA